GAAGACGGAAAUCACGCCGAAGAAGAUACUCUAAAAUUGAUGGAAUGUACUAGCAAUUGUUUAAAGAAUGAAAUGAAUCAGUUUCAAUAUGCAUCUUGGACGACAUUUGGACGACGACGUAUAUUUGCUGUACAAUGUAUUGGGAAUAAACUGACUCUUUUAUCAACCAGUCGUAUGGGAGUAGGAAAAUGGUGUUUUGUGGAGAUACGGUCGGCAAUUGUACCAAGAGACUGGGAAGACCGAUACUACUUGAAUCGUGUAAUGGAAUUGUUGAUGAAACUAAAGGAAAUGCUGCUUGAACAAGAAGAAAUAACUAUGGUUUUGAAGCAACAACAAUCAGGACAAUUGUCUGUAGAUAUUAAUGAUACAAUUAAAGCAGUCAGUCGAUCAAAUCAGGCAAUAAUGGAAUUGCAGCCUCCUUCUAUUGAUCCAAAAUAG